AUGUCUGAGAACGUGUCAAUAGAUUCAGAUAAUUCAGAUUCCACGAAUUCCAAAAUUUUUAGGGCCAUUGCAGAUGUAUUUCAAAACGCACAAUCGACCUACGCAGGUCAUCGCAGACAUAUCGCGGUCUUGAAAAGAAUUCAAUCAAAGGCUACAGAAACGGGAUAUGAAGAAGUAUUCAACUACUGGUUUAACAAAAUGGUUACAUUGAUUUUACCUUUGAAAAGAACCGAAAUCGUAGGUGACAGAAUUGUAAGACUAGUUGCAGGACUGGUGGCCAGUCUCGACCAUGAAGUGGAGUCCCUAAAGGAAAAACAAGAAGAUUUUGAUGGAAAAGAAAAGAUUUUCUCGAGAUUUGUUAACCAAUUCAUUCGGCACAUUCUGCGUGGAGUAGAAUCGCGCGAGAAAAAUGUUCGGUAUAGGGUCGCACAGCUUUUGGCUGUCAUCAUGGAUAACAUAGGUGAAAUUGAUGAAGAUUUGUACAAGUUGAUUAUGUGGUCGUUUGAAAAACGAUUGUUUGAUAAAGAAGCGCCGGUACGAGUUCAGGCCAUUUUCUGUCUCACCAAAUUUCAAGACGAGGACAACACUUCAGAAACAAUCGACGAAGCGUCCACGAAGCUUAUCCACGCCAUUCAAAAUGAUCCAAGUGCCGAAGUUCGUAGAGCGGCCAUGCUCAAUCUCGUCAGUUUAGAUAAGACAAGGAAUAUAAUUAUGGAGCGGGCUCGAGACGUCAAUACCGUCAACCGGCGCAUUGUGUACACACGAGUCUUGAAGAAUAUGGGUGCCUCUGUGUUUCAGGAAUUGGAUGGAGACUUGAUUGGCAAACUUAUCACUUGGGGGCUCGAAGAUCGUGAAGAGUCAGUACGAAACGCCUGCGUGCGUUUGGUUGCCUUUGAGUGGUUGAAUUUAAUGGAUGGGGAUAUUAUAAGACUUUUGUCGAAGUUGAAUGUGACCUCGAAUAACGUUUGUGAGAAGGUACUAGACGCUAUUUUCAACUAUAGAGAGGAUACUGUUGCUAAAAUCAAACUACCCGUUAAUGUGUGGGAUUCUCUAACCGCAGAAAUUUCCUUCCUCAUAAAAGCUUUUCAUACACACUGCACGCAAAACAAGUUGGAAGACAUACUUGACGGGAAUUUUCCCGAAGCUUCAAGAUUAUCGGAGAUUUUGCAAAAGUAUUUGGACCUCAGAUUUUCCAACAACAACCUUUCGAAUACAGAUGUUUCUUGUUUGGAGUUUAUCAUCGAGCAGUUGUUGUCGGUAGCCUUCAAAUAUGAUUACAGUGAUGAAGUCGGAAGGCGGGCUAUGUUGAUGAUAAUUCGUAACGCAUUGGCAAACUAUAGCUUGACGGCGCCUAUUGUUAGAAUAGCUCUUCAAGUGCUGAAGGUACUGUCAAUCAAUGAGCGUGAUUUCAUAGCCAUGACAGUUGAAAUCAUAACGGAUAUACGGGAUGAAGAUAUCGAAAAGCAAGAAGCCGAAGAAGCAAACCAAGACUCAAGGUUCAAGCAGGACGAGGACGAGGAUGACGAAGCUGCAGUGCAGUCGUUCCACUCAGCAGUCGACGACCUUGUUAACAACAAGAAUACCACUGCACCUAGUGCUGCACCAGCGGUUCAGGAAAAGGAGGUCAGUCCUCAUACUCUUCUUGGGUGUCUCACAAUGUCACAGUUUAUGCUGGAACUCAUAAAUUUGCCCAUCGAUGAGAAUGUUAUGAUAUCCUCUUUGAUUGACACGCUGAUUACCCCAGCUGUCAGAAAUACCCAGUCUGAAGUCAGAGAACUUGGCGUUCGUAAUUUGGGGCUUUGCAGUCUCUUGGAUGUUAAUAUAGCCACUGAGAGCCUUUAUCUUUUUGGUAUGUGCGUUUCCAAGGGCGAUGCAAGUCUAAAAACCAUAGCACUCAAGGUCAUAGCCGACAUUUUUUCAGUUCAUGGGACAAAAGUGGUGGACGGCGAAGGCAAGGUUGACUCCAUUUCUUUGCAUAAGAUUUUUUACAAAACGCUAAAAAAUUGCGAGCUACCGGAGUGUCAAGCAACGGUCGCGGAGGGUUUAUGCAAACUGUUUUUGGGAGAUGUUUUUGUUGACGAUGAUCUAUUUGAAACACUUGUUCUUUCUUACUUCUCACCUGCAAACUCUCAAAAUGAAGCUUUGGUUCAGGCAUUUGCAUUUUGCCUCCCCGUUUACUGCUUCUCUCACAUUAGACAUCAAAAGAGAAUGGUCCGCGUUGCAGGCGACGUGCUACUGAGGCUCUCUGUCUUGUGGGACGAGUUGCAGACAAAUGACGAUAGCUCAAUAUCUCCCGACUCUAUGCUAAAGCCGAACGUCAUAUUUCAAGAGCUUAUAGAGUGGACAGAUUCAGGCAAGGUAGUCAACCAGACAGAGGAGCAUUUCGAGGAUGAGGAAGAUACUCAAUUACAUUUUCUAUUGGGCGUCCUCAGAAUAUAUUACAAAUUUGAGCGCAAAGAGGUCAAAAAGAUGAUCUUGACUAACAUCAAUAGGUUCAGUUUUCAAGAUCGGAGUAUUCGGAAAUGGAAAGAAGUUCGCGACAUUCUUGAAGAUAUUUCAGAAAACGAUGACAUCGAUUCCGCAAGCCGGAGUUCGAUCGCUAAAUUCUUAAGAUCGUUGGAAGAGGAUAUUUUGAGUGGAGAUGCGGACGUUGAUACUACGAAGGAUGGAACCAGCGAUAUGGGAGAGCGGCUAUCCGCAUCUUCAAGUGAAGAAAGGAUGUCAGAGGACGAAAAACCUGAAGUGACACUGGCUGUGUCAAAUGAAGAAAAUUCCAACGUACCUAUUGCGGGAAUUGACAAGCCUUCUGGUUCUUCUGAUGCCCUUUCGAGUGUGUUGCUGCCGCCUGAACCGGACAGAAUGUUGCCAGGUGAUGUCAGUCGCCUGCGAAGCAAAAAGAGGAAGAGAGCAGAUAUCUCGGGGUCUGAGAGUAAUUCUGAUCAAGAGAAAAGUAGCAGAUUGGUUAGCUUCGUCUUGCCGGAACCGCAACGUGGUCCAUCAAGCGACUCGUCAUUUGGCAACCCAGUCGAUGACAGUAGUUUCGAAGACGAAAACGACAAUUAA